AUGGUUUCUAAGGCGCCUUGGGAUGACUUCUGCGACGAGAUCGAAGGAGAACAUCAGGGCGAAGCGUGCAGCUUGGAAGCGAUCGUGCAUGCUGCAAUGACUGCCGCCGACAUUGAGGAGAAGUUGCAGCCCGCUCUGGACGCGUGCCGCCGAGAGCCCGACACCACCAUCUUGUGCUUUCUAGAUGAGGUGAACACGGCAUCCUGUUUGGGCUUCGUCAAAGCCAUGCUUUGCGAUGACCUAUUUGGGCAACACAAUGCCAACCUCUUCGUGGUGGCCGCUGCCAACCCCUACAGGGAGGAGGAGAAGGCUGAAGAUCACGUACUUCGUGGCAGUGCCACGGUCAUGCGCGAUUUCUUUCAGGUACAUCUGGAAUUGGAAGUCGCCAAGCAUUCACGACGAAGAGCGCUAUGCAUUGCUGUUGCUUGCCAAAAGGAUGAGCCCACAGAUUUCCCCUGCUUUGCGCGAAGCAUCGCAGAUGCUCAGCAGUUCAUGCGCCGUGAGCUCAAGUCAGCCUCCGCAGUGUCGCAACGUGAUAUCAUUCGGGUCGUAUCCCUAUUGGAUUUCUUUUGGCGGCGCAGCUACAGUGCGGUGGAGGCCUCUGAGCGAUGUCGUUUGGCCCGUGCGCUGCUCUUGGCUCUUGGUGUGGCCUACUACUUGGGAUUGAACCGUGAGCAGAGGGAUCGCUUUGUCAAGGAGGUCACAGAAAAGCAUUAUACAGGCAUUCAAGGGGAGGAAACCCAGCAUAGCCUCGAUCUGACGCAAGUUCUCAUGCAGGAGAUGGAUCAAUACAUCAAGCCCAUCAAAGAUGAUGAAGAGCUGGCCGAUGGGAUUGCCUUAACCAGGGCACUCAAGGAAAACAUCUUUGCGGUCAUUGUCGGGAUCGAGUGCAACAUCCCAGUGAUGAUCGUAGGAAUGCCUGGAACUGGGAAGACCUUGGCCGUGAACAAAGCGACCAGCGUUUUGAGGGGCACAAAUUCGGUGCACUUCUUUCGACGCUUCAGUGACGUUGCGAACUCGGUCUUUCGAUAUCAAUGCUCCAAGGACAGCACGUCACGUCAGAUCCAUGAGGUCUUUGAAAGUGCGCUGCGAGCGAAGCAGCGCUAUGAUGCAGAGGAUGCUGGAAGACGACCAGUGGUCUUCUUGGAUGAAGCGGGUUUACCCAAGGAGAAAGUGGAGAGUCUGAAGGCCAUUCACUACUGGAUAGAUGAUGGUCGCAUCUUCUGCUGCCUGUUGGCGAACAAACCGCUGGAUGCAGCCAAGCGUAACCGAUGCUUGCAAGUCUUUCGAGACAAAGCUGAUGAAGAGGAUUUAGAGUUGCUCGCCUCCGUUUGCCUGGGAGUAAACCUUGAAGACCCGACUUCCAAGUCCAUGGUGAAAGGCUUCUGUGGUGCUUUCCAGGAAAUCUCUGAGCAGAGCUGGAAGGACCAAGACAACGCCUUCAGCAUGUUUCACCUCAGGGACUUUCAUCACUGCCUCAGGUACCUCCGACGCCACGGGCAUGUUCAGAGCGGCUCCGCCAGCAGCCUGUCUGUGCUGCGAGCUUUGGAGCGUAAUUUCGGCGGCUUAAAGAAAGAGGAUUUCCAGCGUUUGAUCGACAUCUUCUUCCGGCACUUGGAGCGAGAGACGGGUGGCCUGUUGACCUUGCCCGAGCGCUCGCAGCUGCGUGGCACGCUGGACGUGCUGCGCGAGGCAUUGGAUGAUUUGCCACCAGAAGAUCUGCAGGAUGCGCGUUACGAGCCCUGCCGUUACAAGUUGAUCAUCGAUGAGACCGAGGACGGCGGCGCGGUGCGCAUCCUGCAAGCGGCGGGACUUCUGCCCAUGCCCUGGGAGGUGUUGGAAGUCUCCGACCUGCCAGGUGACCGUAGCGACUUGCAUCGAAGUCAGACGGUCAGCAACUUGCGACGCGCUGCAGAGCAAGCGGGGACCUGUGUGAUGAUUGCCUAUGACGAGAUCUUGGAUGGUUUCUAUGACCUGCUGAAUCUCCGUUUCCAGCGCCUCCCCGGCUCCGGCCGGGUGCGCUUCGCUGCGACCGUGGCGGCCGGGAGCUACUCGGUGUUGGCACCGGUGGAUCCGCGCUUCAUGCUGGUGGUUUGCAUCAAGGCCUCUGAAUUGCCAUCCACGCCUCUGCCAUUCCUGAACCGCUUCGAGAAAUUCUACGUCGGGCCGGCGGAGUGGGCACUGCACCAAGCGCACGAACUCUGCCUGGGAAACAUCAAUCACCAGCUGCUGGAUGAAUACCUACUGGAGCCCGCGCGGGGGCGCCUCGAGGCUUUGGUGCAGCUCAUCGGGGACGCCAGCCUCAUUGGCUACAGUGGCGUUGCCACCUUGGACUCGUCCCUCUGCGAUGCUCUGCGCGAAGCUUCGCUGCGCGCUGCGCUGGAAGCGCUGAGCGCUGCGUGGCGCGAGGAGCGCGUGGCCGCUGUGCAGGCGGUGCAUGACCGUGGGCCGUGCACGGCGCCACGCUGGCCGGAGGAUGUAGAUGGAAGGAUGCAAACUCUGGGGGGAGAAACCAUUGCGGGAGACUUGAUGACUUGCUAUGGGCAUGAAAAUGCUGGCAACACCUGUUUUCUACAGGCAUGUUUGACCCUCCUUGCAGUGAACGAGCGCUUUCUACUGCCUCCGCAAAGAGCAAACGAAAUGGGCAUUUUGAGCGAUUUGCGUCAUAUCCUGAAGAAAUCCAGGCAGGAAGUGGUAGGCCAAGUGGACAUGCGAUGCUUGACGCAAAAGUUGGAACAGGCCCAGAUCGUUGAGCGAGCGCAUCAAAUGGAUGAUGCUGCCAUCGUUUUUGAAGGGCUGCUUGACUGUUGUCAAAGCCCGAAAUUGCCCUUGCACACUUUUACUUGUGCAAGUCCUGAAGAUUGUCGAACAUUUGGGUAUCCCAGUGGCACAGUGGCUCGGGUUCAAGAGCAAAACGACUAUGUGAUCCGCACCACUCCUAGAGCGCGGGCCAACCUGCAAACUUUGUUGCAAGAGCGCAUGCUGGCACCGGUGGCAGACUGCAAGACUGAGACAGAGGCAGGAGAAGAACAUCUCUUGCGCUCUGCCAUUCGUGCCAAGCAGAGGCCUCUGAACAGCUGCCCUCCAAUGGCUUUGCCGAUUUGCGUGGAGCGAUGGCAUGCCGGAACGAUGGAAAAGAACAACGACCAUUUGUCAGUACCACUGGAAGGAUUGAGGUUGCCUUUGCUGCCACCAACACACCGCACACUGCAGAUCUCUGAGUUGGAGUUUUGGCGCUACAACCUCUGUUCCUUUGUGCUCCAUGUAGGCCAAGAGCUGCACAGCGGCCAUUACAUCGCGUACUGGAAAUCUUCCAGGGGCUGGCAUGAAGUUCUUCAGCUGCACGUGAAUGAUGAUCGCUGUUCAGACAUCAGUGAGCAGGAAGCGCAACGCAGAGCUGGCAGUGCCUAUUUCUUGAUCUACCAGCUAGCUGGCUACCAAGGGAUGUUCUCCUGGGAGUCCUUGAAUGAGCAAGCUGUGGGGAGACAGCUGUUGGACCAGCGCCUGAAAGACGUCAUCGCCCGCCUCAGCGAAGCGGCCGCGCAGCGGCUGCUGCGCUUGGCGCCGUCCGAGGUGCUGCUGAGUCGGCAAGCAGCGCUGCCGCAGAGCUUGCUGCAGGGCUAUGCUGAGCGCCCACACACGGGCCUCGGCUCAGUGCUGGCGGCCCUUCGACGCGAUCCUUCCACGCGGCUUUUGGUGCUGACACGAGAUGUCAUGUUGGCAUCUGGACUAUGCCCCAGUGAGCACUUGAAGAGGAGGGAUGUGGAGAUCCAACCCAUGCCCCGAACCCGGGAGGAAUGUGUGGCGCUGUUGCAAGGCAGAAAGAACAAGGAGCCAUUGAUGAUCGUGUGCCGUUUGGCCCAUGGGCAAUGCUCGGAUACCUCAUGCACCAGUCAAGCCAUUCACCAAUUGAGACGCCUGGCAGAUGAAAAUGACGUGCACAACUUGGUGGUGACGAUCUUGCUUCCACCUUGGCGAUUUCAUGACUCCUUGGAGGAUGCAGAAGCGCCGUCUCUGGUGUCUUCCAUCUUGAUGAACACAAAGCCAUCAACAGAGCCUUUAGGUUGUCAGGAGGAGGUUUACAAACACCUUUGGGCAGCUGUGGCUCGCCUUCCAAGCAGCGAAGCCAUGCAAGUCUAUGCGGAAGGAUGGGAAGAAGUGGAGCAAUGCAUGGCGCAUGCUGUGAGUUUUUAUACUCAACCUGCGUUGCAGACCCGUGUCGACGCUUUAUGGAAGCUGCUGACGAGUCACAAAUUGUCCCUGCUCUUGGACGGACUUCAACGACUUCCAGCAGCGGUGUUGCAGGACGUUUCCUUGCAACGCGAGGCAGUAGCUGCCGCCAAGGAAAUGAUGGGCAUGGACCGUGGCCAGAGGCGCCCCAUGUUUUGUCUUCAAACAACGGUCGGAAACAAGUGUGCUGAGAGAGUGGUCUCAGCCCUCGCUGCAGCACUUCAUCUGAUUUGUGAUCAAGGUGGUGUGCAAGUGCUCCUACACUUGGGUGAUGAGGCCACAUUGGCUGUGGCCACGUACCUGCGCCUGCGAGUCAGCCCGGCAGGAUGGGCGAAGACGAAUUAUGAUAGUAUUUGGACCCUCAGCCAGGACGCAAUGAUCCUUCCCUGCUAUCCGCCCCUGUUCCAAGCUCUGCAAGAGUGCCUUUUAGACAGUCGAGCAGACGACACUGAAGAAGACUACUUGGUGGCAGCGUGCACAUCUGCUUGGCACAAGCACGCUUUCUUUGAGCUAUCUCACUGUGUGGUCAAAUCAGGUCUCAUGGGAAGCUACUGCAAAUACCUGGCACAGCGCUUCGGAUUUCCCAGCGUGGCAGCAGAGCUUCUGGAGGUCAGUGAACAGAUCCAAUACUAA